UCAACUAUAUUAUUUAUCUAUAAACUGAGUAACAAAUAGCCCAUAAACAAAACAGCAAUCAUGGCCGAGUUCCACUUUCUUAACAAGACUCAACCACCUCAGGUUACGAAACUCAACCUCCCAGACAACACAUCAUGCAUCCUGCUCAAGAAAAGAAACAUUGUAGUCAAGCCCAGGCCCAUGCCUAUUCUCCAGCCGGACGGCGUCUUGGUCAAAGUUGUCGCUACAGAUAAGUUAAUUCACUGUGAGGAGUACGAUAAAACAGCUGGAAAGCUAACAUGUCUUUUGAUCCUUUCACGUAUCUGCGGUUCUGAUUUGCACAACUACCUUGCCGGAGGAGUCGGCGGCCGUCCUGUUACUGAGCCUAUUGUGAUGGGCCACGAGAGUUCGGGAGAGGUCAUCGCUGUUGGAGAUCUGGUCAAAACCCACAAAGUCGGGGACCGUGUCGCCAUCGAGCCUGGAUUGCCUUGUAGAAGGUGUAUCAACUGUAAAGAGGGAAAAGUCAACAUCUGUUUGAACAUGCACUACUGCGGUGCUCCGGGAUCAGUCGGAUCUCUCUCCAGGUACUUCGCCCUACCCGCUGAUAUGGCGCCCCAUAUUCCUGACCAUCUUUCAUGGGAAGAAGCUGGAUGUAUUCAGCCCCUUGCCGUUGGUAUUCAGGUUGGAAAGCGAGUCGACCUUCGCCCCCACAAGACCGUCGCCAUCUUUGGUUGCGGUCCCAUCGGCCUCAUCUCAGCUGCUGUAGCUCACGCCUAUUCUGCCCGCAAAAUUAUUGCUUUCGACAAUAAUCCCCAACGAGUCGAAUUCGCCAAAAAAUACAUUUCACCUCUUACCGGUAAACCCAUUAUCGAUCACGUCUUCCUCGUCAAAGAUUUACCCACUUCUUCACUGAAAGGUAGCCACGCCAAUGGUGAUCACGCCAAUGGUAACGGUAGCAUGGCCAAUGGGGACACGGAAACCCUUGCUCAUGCUCUGGGGGAAGAUGGGUCCGGUGCCGGGAUGGGUGAUGGCGAGAUACUCGACGAAGACCAUGAGGAGACUAUCGGUGACAAGAAAUGGGAAUGGGCCAAGAAGAUUGUAGCCGGUUUUGUUCAAGAAGCGGGGCUGACGGCCGAGGAAGGUGUGGAUAGGGUUGUGGAAGCUACUGGGGCGGAAGAUUGCAUGCUCAUGGGUAUCGCCAUUGCGAAGCAAGGUGGAAACUAUCUCGCGGUCGGCUUGGGUCACAUCCAGACCAAUUGCUUCCCCACCCUCGCUGUUACCAACAAGGAAAUCAAUGUCAUGGGUAUCACCCGAUACACGGCCUCCUGCUUCCCCUCUGCCCUUGAUCUCCUUUCUCGAGGCGUGGUCGAUGUCAAGCAGCUCAUUACUAAGACCUUCCCUUUGACGCAGAGUACAGAGGCGUUUGAGGCCGUAGCGGCUGGACAGGAUAUGAAGGUCGUUAUCAAGAACCAGGAGGGGUUUGACAAUUAGGUUUUGAUUUGUAACUAAAUCUUUGGGCACUGGGCUAGCGAAUGAUGUUUGAGGCCGUGCAUCACAGGGUGUAGAGAUGUUGUUGUAGAGGGUAGAGGUGUGAAGAUUAAUUCGACUUUUCGGG